AUGAAUAAACCGAAUAGUGUUGGCUGUGUGUUUGUAAAGUGCUUUGCUGAUAUUAUCUAUGAUCUUUGUGCUAAUGAAAUGACACACAAUACAUUUAUGAGGUUUUCUGAUGUUGGAGAAAAGCUUGUUAAGGUGGGUGCAGAAAAUCUUACUACUGCAAUGGUGGAGUUGAGGGUAGCAUUAUAUCAAAACUACAGAGCUUGGAAUGGCAGGCCAGAUCCUCUGUGCAACUACAACCCUAUUACAGGAGAGCAGAUGAUUUUGCCGUCAGGUUCAAAACGCCUGCCAUCAAGUUAUAUGGUUAGUUUGGGCUUUGAUUCCUCAACUGGAAAGUAUAAAGUUGUUCGGAAACGUGGAAUUAGAAAAGGUAAGGAAGUCAGCAGGUUUGAGAUUAUUUCCCUUGGAGAAAGUUCAUGGAGAGAAUUAGAUGUCCCCAUGCUUGAUUGGCAGGCAAGCAGUGUGGUAUUCUGCAAUGGGGUGUUUUACUGUCAAAUGCUGAACAGAAUUUCUCCUAAUUAUUGGAGUAUCCACAUCCUUGCCAUUGAUGUCAGUGAUGAGACGUUUCAAGUCAUCUCUUUUGUCGACAAUUUUUCACGCCCUCGACCAUAUGUGGAUAUGAUGGAUUUGGAGGGAAGUCUGACUUUAGCAGAACAUGAUAGGCAUCUGAUGAAAAUAUGGAGAGUAACAGGAAACAAGGUUGGAGAUUUUUCAUUUGAGUCGCCAACAGCGAUAUGA